UGUCAAUGAACUGAUCCGGUCCGCCGCUUGGUUUCAUAUUCUUGCAGAAUUUCUUAAAAAAAUAGUUAAGAUAUCAACGAUUCUGCCGUUGAUUUCUUCUAAUCCAUUCACCGCCUGUUAGUGCUGCUCAAAUCCGAGAUGUCCUACAACAAAUAUAACACACGCCAUUCCGGUCGUUUCAACACCCCGGGUCAGUUCGUGCCUGCCGGAGAGCUGGCGGGAGGCGCGGCGCCGGGCGGCGGGGCCCAGCGACAGCAGCACACCAACCCCAAUCUCGCUGUUGGACAACCAUUCAACCAGCAGUCGUUCACGCCGGCCCCGCAGCCGCCGCUGCCGCAGCAGCCCCGCCAAGCUCAACAGCAGAACUUGCAGAAUGUGCCCAUUCAACCACAGAACUCCACGGACGUGGAGAUGAAAACUGAACCAGGGACUGAGGGGAACAAUGAGGGCGGCAACGGCGCCGGUGGCGGCCGCCCCCACUGGAUGAAGAACAAGUUGGGAGGAGUGAAGAAGGUGUCUAACAAGGAGCGCCGCCGCCGCCAGAACGAGACUCUGCGCAAGCUGCUCACGCCCAAGAACGCGCUCAUGGUGCUCAACGAGAUGAUGCCCAACGAGCAGCUUGCCACGCAAUUUAAAGUAGAGGCGGCGGGCAACCAAUUCUACAAGCCGGCCAACCAGCAGAGCUUCUGUGCGGAUCUCACCCUCGAUGGCAACGUUUACAAGGGAUAUGGCGAGAACAAGUUGUCUGCGCGUAACGCGGCCGCCGAGAAGGCUAUCCGUGACCUCAUCAUCAAGCGCAUGGCCAAGGUGUUCGCCAACGAUGCCUCCAAUGCCUCCAAUGCCGCCAAUGCCGCCAAUGCUGAAAAUGCUGAUUCUGCAGAGGGUGACAACGCGAACGGCGAGACCGAGGAGACGCUGCCCAUGAUCCAGCUGGCGUCGUUCGCUCUCCACAAGCUGUUCUCCGAGUGGGAGUACGAGGGAGUGAAGGUGCCGCAGCUGAAGCCUACUGGCCAGCAGGGGAACAGCACAUCAGAAUCUAUGGAGUGCAUCGCCCCCCCUCCGCCCAAGCCGAAGCCGCCCAUGAAGCGCAAGGAGCUGCCCCCCAACGCGGCCACGCUGCACCCCUGCAUGCUGCUCACGUACAUGCGGCCCGGCCUGGAGUACCGCGAGCUGGCCAUCAGCGGCGACAAGCCGCAGACCAUGCUGUUCACUAUGGGCGUCGAUGUAGACGGUGCUACGUACAUCGGUAAAGCGUCGAACAAGAAAGAAGCCCGCCGCGCGGCCGCGCGCGCCGCCUGCGCCGCGCUCUUCAACGUCACGUUCCCCGACGCGCCCGCCCCGCCCGCGUCCGCCCCGCCGCUGCAGCAGUAG